GACAAAUACAUAGGUAAGUUAAUUAAAUAUAAAAUAUUUAUAGUGUCGAUUUUUUUUUUUAAAAAAAAUGGUUAUGAUUUUUGCCUAGUUUAAUUAUUCGUCUGAGUUAUUUUUUUGUAAUACUUGAUUGUAUGUAGGAAAAUAUAUAUAUCCAAUGGCUACAAUUCAUUCUUGGGAUAGCUAAAUGUUGAAAGGAAUUUUUAAUUUCUUCCUCUUUGAUAAUCAACCUCAAUUUCAAAAGUCUACUAAACAGAAUUGUGAAGUGCUUGUUCUUCAAUCACCCUCACUUAAACUCGAUUCCGAAAUGGCUGUAGUUGUCGAUCAACAUCAUGGAAUAACACCUCCUUCUCGAUCACAAAGAUGUAGGCUUCUGUCUUUCACCAAUCUUGAUUUUGUUGCGGUCGAGCCUAGCCCAACUGAUGUGGCUCAUUCCUUAGGGCAAGCGGAUCUUAGUAGAAGCUUCCAACGGCGAAGUUUCUCUACUCCUUGCUUGACUUUAAAUAACAAGGUGGAUGCUUCGGUUUAUGGUGAAACUCGAAAGGUUGAACUCAUUGGUGGUAAGGGCGCCUCUAAAGCUCGAGCACUUGUUGUUGAGGUUGCUAUAGCUUUAGCCUCUGGUGUGGAACCGGUGCCGGUUUCAAAUGGUUUAGGAGGGGCUUACUUUAUAAAUAAUAGGAACACAGAAAUUGUCGCGGUCACAAAGCCAAUGGAUGAGGAGCCUUUAGCAUUCAACAAUCCAAAGGGGUUUACAGGGAGAAUGCUUGGGCAGCCUGGAAUAAAACGCUCAAUUCGAGUUGGCGAAACUGGCAUAAGAGAGUUGGCUGCUUAUCUCCUUGAUCAUGAUGGUUUUGCUGGAGUUCCUCCUACAGCACUUGUCAAAUUCUCUCAUGUCAAUUUUCAUGUAAAUGACCUAGCUCCUAUAUCAUCACCAAGAUACAAAAUCGCGUCUCUCCAACGCUUUGUAGAGCAUGAUUCAGAUGCAGGGGAUGUUAGUCCUUCUGGGUUUUCAGUCUCUUCGGUUCAUCAUAUUGGGAUCCUUGAUAUAAGGCUUCUAAAUAUCGAUCGACACUCUGGAAAUAUACUAGUUAAGAAGUAUGAACUAGACAAGCACUCUCUAGGUGCCGCCGAGCUCAUUCCUAUUGAUCAUGGCCUUUGUUUACCUGAGUGGUUAGAUGACCCUUAUUUCGAGUGGCUCCAUUGGCCUCAAGCAUCGAUACCCUUUUCAGAUGUCGAGAUAGAUUAUUUAUCAAAUCUUAAUCCAUUUGAAGAUGCUAGGCUUUUAUGUACUCAACUCCCUCGCCUCAACGAGUCUUCCAUCCGUGUUCUUGUUGUUUGCACCAUCUUCUUAAAGAGAGCAACUGCGGCGGGUUUAUGCCUUGGUGACAUAGGUGAGAUGAUGACUCAAGAUUGCCAUGGCGGCGAGGAAACAAUGAGCGUGUUGGAAAGAAUUUGUGGUAGAGCAGAGGAUGCUGUUUCUUUGCUAACAAAAGAUGUUGAAAAGAUAGUAGAAAAUGAGUCUUCUAUGUUUUUGUUUGAUGAAGAAUGUGAAGAAGAAAUCCCAAAAAGUAUGUCUAAACAUUAUAACAAGGCAUUACAAACACAAUUUUCUACAAUAGGAAAGCCACCACUUGCACCACUACAACCUCAUUUUGUAAAGGAAUUUUCAUCUGAUAAUGAUAAGAAGUUAUGCUCACUAAUAGAGCAUGGACAUUGUCAAAGUGUUGGCAUGGAUGUUAAUGAAACUCGAAAGGCGGGACACUUGGUUAAGAGCAUCAGUUUCGCGGUACCAAGCAGAAAGAGUGAAAUUGAGGGCAUCUCUUUUAAAAAAUUAGACCAAGAAGAAUGGGAAUUAUUUCUCGAAAUUUUUGAAAGGCUUUUACCUGAGGUGUUUGAGGAACGGAAGAGUACUGGUAUAACCCAAAGAGUGGGUUCAGCUUGAAAAAAGUUUCGAUAAAUUUUAAAUACAGGUCUGGACCACACCCGUGAACCAAGAGAGAGUGUCCACUUCACAAGUCCAAAGGAGGUUCCAUUCCAAAGCGAUAUGGCAAUAGGAAGAGUAACUCUUUAGCCUUAUAAAGCGAUAAGUUAUCUCUUCUUCAACCAAUGUGGAACACUUACAUGUGGUGAUACGUGAAAGGUCUAUUCUUCAACAAAUAAUAAGCUCCCUUGCUACAAAGUUUUUCAUUUUUAUUCUAGAGAAAGCUAGUAAGUAUUCCAUAUUAUCAACGCCAAAAGUAUGAUUAGCAAUGUUGCCCUAAUUACUUGUUUGUAUGAUUAGUUGUAUACAAGCUAUUACUAGAAUGUAGAUAUAGUUAAUUAGGUUUUGAGGGGGAAAAGAGAUCGGCCACAAGUUGAGAUCCUUUCCCCUAUGAUGCCUUCUUCCCCAUCUAUUUUUUUGUUAACUAUUUUUUUAUGAUUCCUUGACAAUCUUGUAUACAAUGUCAAGAGAUAAAAAAAAAACAAAAGAUGUGAAAUUGUACAGGUAUACAUCUUGUAAUAUAAUGGAAAAGCAGCUUGGUAUUUAAUUAUAUCACUACCUUUUCAAAA